UAUCCGCAACCCAACAAACCAAUAAUAAGAAACCAUGUCAAGCUGUGGAGGUAAAGAAACAGAAACUCACACACUGUAGCACAGGCUGCACCCAUAAGCAGUUGCCCAUGGCGUCAAUACUGGGAACUUCCUCAACUGCAAUCUUGGCUUCUCGGUCCCUCUCUUCUACGGGCUCCAAGCCUUCAAUUCCCUUUCUCACUCUAACCCCAGGGCAGAGUAAUGGGAGGAAGUUUUAUGGAGGGAUUGGGAUUCAUGGUAAGCGGGGGAGAUCUCAGUUCCGUGUUGCAGUUACGAAUGUCGCCACUGACAUCAACUCUGUUGAACAGGCCCAGAAGCUUGCUGCGAAGGAAAGCCAGAGACCGGUAUAUCCUUUUGCUGCUAUUGUUGGACAGGAUGAGAUGAAACUAUGCCUUCUGCUAAAUGUGAUUGAUCCCAAGAUUGGAGGUGUCAUGAUCAUGGGUGAUAGGGGAACGGGAAAAUCCACUACUGUGAGGUCAUUGGUUGAUUUGCUUCCUGAAAUCGAGGUAGUAGCUGGUGAUCCAUAUAAUUCAGAUCCAGAAGAUCCAGAAUGCAUGGGCAUAGAAGUCAGAGAAAGCACCAUAAAAGGAGAGAAACUGUCUGUUGUGACGGCCAAAAUCAACAUGGUUGAUUUGCCAUUGGGUGCAACAGAAGAUAGGGUCUGUGGGACAAUUGACAUUGAGAAAGCCCUCACUGAGGGUAUUAAGGCAUUUGAGCCUGGCCUUCUAGCUAAAGCUAAUAGAGGAAUUCUGUAUGUGGAUGAAGUUAAUCUGUUGGACGACCACUUAGUGGAUGUUUUGUUGGAUUCUGCUGCCUCAGGUUGGAACACAGUGGAGAGAGAGGGUAUUUCAAUCUCACAUCCAGCUCGGUUUAUUCUCAUUGGCUCCGGCAAUCCGGAAGAAGGCGAGCUCAGGCCACAACUGCUUGAUCGGUUUGGAAUGCAUGCACAAGUGGGGACUGUCAGGGAUGCAGAGCUGAGGGUCCAGAUUGUGGAGGAGAGAGCUCGUUUCGAUAGGAAUCCCAAGGAAUUCAGGGGUUCUUACAUGGCGGAGCAAGAAAAGCUCCAACAACAAAUUUCCUCAGCUAGAAGUUCUCUUUCUUCUGUUGAGAUUGAUCGUGAUCUCAAGGUGAAAAUAUCCAAGGUUUGUUCAGAAUUGAAUGUUGAUGGAUUGAGAGGAGACAUUGUGACGAACAGGGCCUCAAAAGCUCUAGCUGCCCUGAAGGGAAGAGAUACUGUAACCCCAGAGGAUAUUGCUACUGUAAUUCCCAACUGCUUAAGACACCGCCUUCGGAAGGAUCCCUUGGAGUCGAUCGACUCGGGUUUACUUGUCAUUGAGAAAUUCUAUGAGGUGUUUAGCUGAAGAAGGUAUCUGUAAUUUUUGUUGACCAAAUUGUCUUUCUAUUUGCUUUUUUCGUGGCAUUUCUUUUCUCCUUUCCUACAAGCAAAUUCAGAAUUAUUUCCAUGAUAUUACGUUUUAUUUUCAUAGUAUUGGGGAACAUGAGGUUGAGGAAUCGAUAUGUAUACUGGUUCUGUCAA